GCAGGGCGGGAUGAGUGCAGAGAGAAUCAUGGCGGCGCCGCUGCGGGACCGGUUGGGCUUCCUGAGCCGGCUGCCCACUCUGAUGAAAGGCACCUCGGAUGACGACGUCCCAUGCCCUGGGUACCUGUUUGAGGAAAUCACAAAGAUCUCCUACGACUCCCCAGGGAGCAGCCAGUGCCUCCUGGAGCACCUCCUCAACCGACUGCAGAAUAACUCCUGUCACGUCAAGCUGAAGGUUUGGGAAUCUCCCUCGCAUCCUCAGCCAUGAAGACCGAUGCAAAGAAUUCAUUUAGUUUCUCCGCAAUGGCCUGGGACCUGAAUGUUCCCAGGAAAAGGGGGGGUCUGAGGCUGGGGCAGGCGCCACCACCCCCCUGGUGUGAGUGGGGAGGGGCUGGUGUCAGGACAUUCCUAGCGAAGACUCUGCACUGACUCCUUCCGCCGGGUCUUCACCCUGCCAGAGUCUGGACCUGGUGCUUUCCAUCAGCCCCGAACAGUUCUGGUCUGGUGAAGUGCAGGCAGCCGAGUGAGUCCCCAGGUGUCCAAUUCUGGUGCCCCAGACUCUGCUCAGCCUCUCCUGUGUCUCCAGGUGCUGAAGAUUCUGCUGUACAUGUGCACGCACGGCUCUUCGCAGUUCCUCCAGCAGCUGAAAAGGAAUUCCACCUUCAUCCAGGAAGCAGCAGUGUUCGCGGGGCCGCCAGAUCCCCUGCACGGCAACAGCUUGUACCAGAAGGUCCGAGCAGCAGCACAGGACUUGGCCGGUGCUUUAUUUUCGGAUACCUUGUCGCCCCCGCCCUCUGCUCAGCCCUGCAGGCCACUUCCCCCAACAGGAAUGGGCUCCAAGCCCAGCCCCUGCCGCUCCUUCCAAGGCUUUGGCUUCACGGGCGAGAGAAGCGGCUCUCCUUCCGCCGGCGAGGCUCUGCUCGCCACCAUACAGAAAGCAGCCGAGGUGGUCGCCAGCGCUGUGCUGCCCAGCCCGGAGUUCCCCCCUCCCUGCCCCAGGGAGCUGCAGGAUGAUGCCUACCAGCCCGUGACGGCACCUUCUCCUGGUAAAAGCUGUGUGGUGCCUCCAAAGCCCCCUGCUCCUGCAGCCCACAGCCUGCGAGUGAGUCACCAGCCUGGGCAGGCAGGAGGUGGCUGGGAAGAGACGGACAGUGGGCACAGCUCCCAGAACUCCUCGCAGGAGAAUGGGGAGCUGAGCAGGACCUCCGACUCCUACAGCAAAUCAGGCAGCGACAGCCCCUCGGGGGCCAGCAGGGAGCUGGGGAACAUUACUGAGAGGGUGGAGGGCGACUGCCUGCAGGAGCUGAGCCUGGUGACCGCGCUGACCAGGGGCUCCAAGGUCUUCCUGACGCGGGAGGAGGCCCAGCACUUCAUCAAAGAGUGCGGGCUGCUGAACUGCGAGGUGGUGCUGGAGCUGCUGAGUCGGAUGCUGCAGGACCCCAGCCAGCUCGUCUGCAUGAGGUCCAUGUGUGCCAUAUCCUCCCUCCUGUGCUCCGACCUGCUGGCCCACGAGCAGAUCUCUGGGAUUACCCGGCCACACCUGCAGCAGCUCAGCCAAAGAACUCCCGGGCCCGUGGCCAACAAAGCAACAAAGCUCCUGAGGCAGUUUGAGGCCUUGUGCAGGAGCUGCCCGUCUCCCAAGAGAUCACAGCCGGACACGGAUCCCUCUGCUCCUGCCGGGGGCUCCCCCCAGCACGCGCGCGACUUGCUGACGGACCUCAUGCCUCUGGCAGGAGAGACCGUUCUCAAACCCGUGAGCUUAGCCCCUUUCCUCUCGGAGACGUGGAAAGCCCCAGCAUUCGAUGUGCAUCCUGCGGCCGUGCCCGCCCCUGCGGGAGAGCAGGGCACAGAAGCGGAGACCUGGGAGCAGCUUGGGGAUGUCUCACCAGGCAGUCGGUGCCAGCAGGAGGUGGAGUGCAGACUAAGGGGGCCUGAGCCCCAGUUGGAUACUGCCCAGAUGGAUUCCAGGCGUACAGAGACUCUGAAUGGCAGGCGGGGGGCAGCCGCAUCCCCUCAGAGCCUCUCCCUCUUCGCUGGCAUGGAGCUGGUGGCCCUUCCAGGCACAGCAGUAGCCAACCCUGGUGGGGAGGAAUGUGCCUCUCGUGUUCCACGGACACUGCCCUGCACUGGGACUGCCAGCGCCAAGGCUCACGGGGACUCCGAGGGCAGCAGGGAACCUUCUGCGUUCUCCUUCCUCAACAUGUAGCAGCUGGGGCUGCGGGACGCUGAGGAACUGGGGUCUCGCUCACUGCGUGUCGCUCUCAGGCCAUCACUACAGGGGCACCGACUGGCACUACAGGGGCACCGGCUGCUCAGCUCAAAGCGAGGCCUCCCCGUUUCUUGUGGGUGCUGCCAAGUCCACGUCCUGCAGAAAGGGGCUGGCAGUGCCGGUGCUGCUGGGGAGGAUCUCGCUAGGGCACAACAAGGAAAUGGAGUCCCCAGUCACUCCCUUCAGUUUGAUCCCUGGAGGUGCCCUCGAAAAAUCCAUGAGCAACCCUACAAUAACAAUCCAGCAUGAUCCCACAUGGGUGGGAGAGGGGGAAUGUGUCACGAUAGCCAGUUCCAGGCUGCCAAAGGGGGGGUGGGAAUGAGAAUCCCCUUGACUCUACCCCCCCCGUUAAGGUUGUGCUAGAGGUUUAAGGCUAAUCAUAUGGGCUUGGCUGCUCUGGCCCUGCUCGGGUCAUCCAUCAGUGGCCAUCUGUAACACUGCUCAGACUAGGGCCUGGGGCACGCUGGGGAGGGAGGGGCAGUGAGUCCAUAUGGACUCAACCUCUCGUGCUGGGCCUCUGCCUGUGUGAAUGAAUGCACUAGUAACCACCUCAAUCACUUAACGUGUAUGGGGGGUGGUUAAUGGUACCUUGGAAGGUCCAGGGACGCUGGCUGCCUUUCCCCAGCAUCGCACCUGCUCAGUCCCAUUG